AAUAGUUAGUAUAUUCUUUGUAUUACACUUUAACGGACGUAAAUCAACACACUAUUGAAAUACUCGUCAUCCGAUAACAAUAAUCAUGCCGUUCAUUGGUAAAGUUAUUUUGAUAACCGGAGCUAGUUCCGGCAUCGGUGCUGCAGCUGCUGAAUAUUUUGCCAAAAAAGGUGCAUUACUAGCGCUUGUCGGGAGAAAUGCCGAAAAGUUUGAAAAAGUUCUUGACAAAAUUAAGGCUAGUGAAAUCGAUCUUGAGCCGUUAGUGAUUUUGGCCGACGUAUCGAUUGAUGCUGAACGAAUAAUGAGUGAAACGAUCGAAAAAUACGGUCAUUUGGAUAUUCUGAUCAAUAAUGCGGGAUUUUCAAUUCAGGGUACGAUUGAAACGUUACAAAUGGAUGAUUACGACUCAAUGAUGGCCACAAAUGUACGCGGAGUCGUUGAGUUAACUAAACUGGCUAUUCCGUAUUUGCUCGAAACCAAGGGGAAUAUCGUCAACAUCUCAAGUGCUGCAGGCAUUAUGCCGGUACCUUCAAAUUGUGCAUAUUCGAUGAGCAAAGCAGCAUUGGAUCAAUUUACCAAGUGUGUAGCUAUGGAUUUGGCUGCAAAGGGCGUUCGGUGUAAUAGUGUAAACCCAGGGUUUAUUGAAACUGAUUUCCAUGGCGUUGAAAGGGAUACUGACGAAUGGGCUGCCGUAGAAGAACUAUGCGCACAAAAACAUCCACUUCAACGCAUUGGAUAUUGUGACGAUUGUGUGAAUGCAAUUGCAUUUUUAGCAGACGAAAGUGCUAAUUUCAUCACGGGCAUAUUGCUUCGCGUAGAUGGUGGAAUUUCAACAAAAGGAGCAUUUUAAUGAAUAUAAAAAUAUACGCUUUGAAACAAGUCAAUCAGACAUCAACUAGAUUCCAAAUCUGAUUUGAUCGAAUGAGUUAUAUUUCAGAUUUCCUAA